AUCCUGCCUCGCCGGUCCGUCUUCUACCAAUUUAAUAUUCCUUAGAUCUCACUUCACUCUUGCGAUCGCUCUCCCAGAUUGUUGGCGUUUGUUCGACUUGAUCGUGGUUCUGGAAGAGAGCUUGGAUUCGUUCGCCGCAUUCAUGCUCCGAUGAAGCUGUUCGGUGGCGUCGGUGAGCCAUCGCUGCGCGGCCGCCGCGCGAGAAGGCUCUUGCGCACGUGGAGGCGGAGAGGCCCGCUGUUGUUCUUCUCGCUGUCUUUGCUUUCUAUAGUUUAUCUCUCUUUCUUUGGCGCAAAGUUGCCAUUUGACAGUCACCAAAGUAAUACUUCUUUGGAGAAUGAAAGCUUCACUAAUGUUACACAUGUCUGGAAUGAUAGGGAGGAUGAAAUUUAUAAACGUCCAAGACCAAAAGCUCGCAAGCAUCAUGGCCCAUGUGAAGUUGGAUUAAUGGAGUCAGUUGACAAUAUUGUUGAACCUGAAACUUACAUGAAUUUUACACAAUUCUCUCUCCAGUAUAUCGCCAAAGAAGAUACUUCUUAUGGGAAAGAUGUAUUUGAGGCUCGAUUUGGUGGGCAUCAGACACUUGAACAAAGAGAAGAGUCAUUUUAUGCAAAAAAUCAAACAAUUCAUUGUGGUUUUAUUGAAGUCCCAGAGGGACAUCCUAGCACUGGUUUCGAACUGUCUGACAAAGAUAAGGAACAUAUGACUGGUUGCAGAGUUGUUGUAUCAUCUUGUAUUUUUGGAAAUUCUGAUUUUUUACGGAGGCCAACUAGCAGUAAGAUCAGCACAUUUUCUAAGAAGAAUGUAUGCUUCAUGAUGUUCUUGGACGAGCUAACACUGAAAAAACUUUCUUCAGAAGGUCACAUUCCUGAUGCGAUGGGUAACAUUGGCCUAUGGCGUAUUAUUGUUGUAAAACACUUACCAUAUGCUGAUUUGCGAAAAACUGGAAAAGUGCCAAAAUUUUUGUCCCAUAGACUGUUUCCAUCUGCCAGAUAUUCUAUUUGGCUUGAUAGCAAAAUGCGCCUCCAUACUGAUCCUAUGUUGAUUCUUGAAUACUUUUUGUGGAGGACAAGAUCAGAAUAUGCCAUAUCAAAUCAUUAUGAUCGCCAUUGUGUUUGGGAGGAAGUACUCCAGAACAAGCUCUUGAAUAAGUACAAUCAUACCGUCAUUGACGAGCAGUUUAUGUUCUAUCAAUCUGACGGUUUGGUGAAGUUUAUUGAGUCUAAUUUCAGCUCUAUUCUUCCAAGUUUUGUACCAGAAGGCUCGUUUAUAGUGCGUGCACACACACCUAUGUCAAAUUUGUUUUCAUGCCUUUGGUUUAACGAAGUUGAUAGGUUCACCUCCCGUGAUCAGUUGAGUUUUGCAUACACUUUCUUAAAGCUGAAGAGAAUGAAUCCGGGAAAACCACUUCAUCUAAACAUGUUCAAGGACUGCGAAAGGCGAGCCGUAUGCAAGUUGUUUCACCACAGAGUGGAAGAUAUUAAUCCUCCACCCCCGACACCACAAGCACUGUGAAUUGAGAAGAGCCACCAAAGAUUGAUUGAAAGCAAAUCGGUUGAAGAAACAGACACCUUGACUCAUGAGCUAUAUACUGCAUCAAGCUUGGUCAGUGGCACAGAUAUGUGGCUUGGGUAAUGAACUACGGAUUCUGAGUCUGUUAAAGUCACCAAGAAAGCAGUAUGGUCUUGGCAUUCUUAGAACAUAAAGCAUCUUCAGACUGUAUAAAAUUUUAUUGCAGAAUAGUUUUUUUUCCCCCUUUGUUUUGGGCAUUUUAAGGCAUAAUUCAAUUUCACAUAUAUAUUUUUUUUCAUUCUUGAGAUAUGAUCAUUGUAACAUCUUCAGCACGUACAAUGUCACUGUAAAUGCACAAAAGAUAAAUUUACACUACUUUAAAUGAUUA